AUGCGUUUCCUCAACGCUGCUGCACUCCUUACAGUCCCUUUCCUUACCCAAGCUGCGCCUGUUGAAGAUGUAAAGCCCUCAAAGGGUUACCAGAUGGGCGUGUUCUACGUCAACUGGGCCAUCUACGCACGGCAACACUUUGUCACAGACCUCCCUGCGGAAAAGCUUACGAAAGUCACCUACGCGUUCGCUAAUGUGAACAAGACUACUGGAGAGGUCUUCCUCUCCGAUGAGUGGGCCGAUCUGCAGUUCAGUUAUCCUGGCGAUGUAGCUUCAAAUGGCACACAGCUGCUCGGCAACUUCAACCAGCUGUACAAGCUCAAGCAGAAGAACCGCAAAUUGAAGACCACACUUUCUGUGGGCGGCUGGUCGUACAGAGGGAACUUCAAGACAGCGUUGGCCACAAACGCUACACGUUACCGCUUUGCCGAGUCAUCGUUGAAGUUGAUCACCGACCUUGGACUUGACGGCCUCGACAUUGAUUGGGAGUACCCUGAGGAUUCAACUGAUGCCGCCAACCUCGUCGAGACCGUCAAGCUUUGUCGCCAACUGCUCAACUCGUACUCUGCUGAACACGCUCAAGGCUACCACUUCGACAUCGACAUCUCUGCCCCUGCCGGCCCUCUUCGCUACACCGUUCUCCCGAUCGCAGCUAUGGACCCUUACGUAGAUGACUGGAACCUGAUGGCAUUUGACUACAUGGGACCCGGUUUCUCCAACUUCACUGGCCAUCUCAGCAACGUACACCCGUCCAAGUCCAACCCUGUAACCACAGACUUCAACACCGUCCAAGCAGUUGACUACUACAAGAAGCACAUCUCCUCCCCUCGCAAGAUUAUCUUGGGUAUGCCGAUGUACGGCCGCUCAUUCGCCAACACCAACGGCCUCGGCCAGAAGUUCAACGGCUCAGGUGACGGCACAUGGGAGGCCGGAGUUCUCGACUACAAGGUGCUACCACUCAACGGCAGCACUGUGUACACGGACAAGAAGGUGAUCGCAUCCUGGUCAUACGACAACAAGACCAAGCAGUUGGUCAGCUUCGACACGCCCGAGGUCCAGACGCUGAAGGCGAAGUACCUGAAGAAAGAGAAGCUGGGAGGCGCGUGGUGGUGGGACUCGAGCUCUGAUCGCACAGACGACAAGAGUCUUGUCGGUACCGUAUCCAAGGCUCUCGGAGGUCCGGACGGACUGAAACCAGACUUGAACAACUUGUACUACCCUCUGAGCAAGUACGACAACAUCAGGAGCGCCUGA